CCAUAAUUAAUUCAAUUACAUUAUAAAAAUCAACAUUAUACAAAUAAUUCAUGUUAUAAAGAAUGAGCUCAUUACACCAUAACAUAUUAUUAAUGGAACUUAUUAAUGGAUUUAUUACCACAUUUUCCUCAUAUUCAAUGAAAUUAACUAUAUUAGUAAAAUUUAAUUUAAGAAUUAUCUAUGACUAAGAAUAAAUCUACUUCAAAAAAUCUAUCUGUGUAUUCUGAUUUAUAUCUUCCCAAUGUGACCGUUUCACUAGUUCAUAACCUUUUAGUGUUUUUAUCAUAUUUUAUAAACAAUUUCUUAUUCAAUUGCUACUACCUUGCGGUUUCCAAGACCCUUUUCUCUCUAUUUAAAUGUUUAAACAACCUCUACACAGGCAAUUUAUUUUUUCUGACGAAGUGGCUUGAGUAUUCUGUAUCAUUUUUAGUAAUUUUUACAUGGCUCCGAAGAUACUCCUCCAAAUUUGAUGGAUAUGCUUUCCAUCAUUUUUUCCAUUACCGAUAUGGAAUCAUUAACUUCAAGGACAUGGUAUCUAGAGUUCUGGGAACUCUCAGUGCCGCGUCAUUUUUCGGAUAUCUAUACCACAGAGUUUUCAAUGUGACCAAUAAUUCCUACAACUCCAGUCUCAAGAAAACACUGUACACAAUGGUGGAGUCAAACACAUGCCACACACUUAUGGAAUGGCUGGUAUAUUCAAACUUUAAAAAAAGCGAAAGGCACUGGUUUACAAAGAAGUUUUUAUCUGGACUUUUAGUUUUACAAUCUCUUAAAUACGAGGAUAAAUAUUAUGAUUUGGCCGAGAAGUACGUAGCUCUACUUUUCGAGUACUUUGCCGUCGAAUUCACAUUCUGCCUUUUCUUAUAUACCCUAUCGUACUUACUCUUAAGAUCAAGAACAACACCGAAGGCGAAUAUGAUGCUAAACACGCUAGUUAGAGGAGUUUUCGCCACAUGCGGAAAUAUGUUUCUCAGUAAGCUUGAAGGGAAAGUAACUCUGGAUGAAUCGAAGUCAAUGGUUUUAUUUUUCGAGGAGGGGAAUUUUGUAUUACUGCUGGUAAGGCUACUAUCAAGUUUUCUAGCAGCAUAUCUCGUUCCUCUAUUUCUUCCUAUGCCAAGGAUAAUGUGCCUGAGCUCAUACAAGGACAUGUUCCCUAACACUUCUCUUGAGGGGAAACUAUACAGAACGGAUUUAUCAAGCAGUUUCUACGUGAAAACUGAGACUGGUGUCAAGGAUGAUGUUUCUAACAGUAAAUGGCCGGAAAGUAGUCUAGGGAGGUUAUUUUGUAAAUUUGAAAAGUAUCUGGAUAACAGAUUAAAGAAUAAGAAAGAGGCAGAUGAGGACUAAAGAUUUCACUAAUUCGUUAAUACAACAGGGAUCAAUGUGCCAAUUACAGAUAUGAUGGAAAUAACUAUUUUAAUAUUAUUUUAAUCAUAAUGUUUUCUCAAAAAUUAAA